AUGGAGGGAACAUCUGUCCAGAGGCUGCUGGCUCUGGGCUCUCUGCUGUGCUGCACAACAAACCAAGCUCGUCUGACUGUGAGUCCCAGCAGCUCUCAGUUCUUUAAAAGAGACUUUGUGUCUCUGAGCUGUGAGGAGGACGACAGCUCUGCUGGAUGGACUCUGAGGAGAAAUACUACCACAGGACAGAGGACUCGGUGUGGAGCUGACUGGGGAAAACCAGCUAGUUCUUCCUGUAACAUCAGCUACAUCGUCCCAUGGGACAGUGGAGUUUAUUGGUGUGAGUCCAGAGAGGGAGCAACCAGUAACAGCAUCAACCUCACUGUCUCUGGUGGACCAGUGAUCCUGCAGAGUCCUGUCCUCCCUGUGAUGGAGGGAGAUGACGUCACUCUGACCUGUAAAACAAAGACCACUCCCUCCAUCCUCUCAGCUUCUUUCUAUAAAGAUGGCUCUUUGAUCAUAGCUGAGUCUACAGGCCACAUGACCAUCCACCAUGUUACCAGGUCUGAUGAAGGCCUCUACAAGUGUAAAAUCAUCAGUCAUGGAGAGUCUCCAUCCAGCUGGAUCACUGUCACAGGUGAGGAGCUUCACUUUGAUUUCAACUCUUAUUUCAUCCACAUGUUCAUCUGACCAGGUGAGAUUCUCUCUACAGAGAAACCUACAACCACAGCUCCUCCAACAACUAUUGAGGCCACACCCCCUCCAUCAUUCUCCCUCCACCUUGUCCUCAGACUGGUCUGCCACCUGGUGGUGUUCUGUCCAUACUUCAUCUCCACUCUCCUCAUGGUGUCUUUAUGUCGACA